AUGAGUACAGCCCCGUGUAGACCGGCAUACCACAGCCAUAUCGGUGUUUUAUUUCUUGUCUCUUUAUGUUCUACAGAGUUCUAUGGGAAGGGAGCUCCAUACAAUGCACUGGCAGGAAAAGACUCCACUCGGGGUGUUGCCAAAAUGUCUCUGGAUCCAGAAGACCUCACCUAUGAUACGACUGGCCUUACUGAGGAGCAGCUGAAGUCUUUGGAUGGUAUUUUUGAGAACGUGUACAAGAAGAAGUACCCCAUUGUUGGCUACACUGCCAGACGGAUCCUGAACGAUGACGGGAGCCCCAACCCAAACUUCAAGCCUGAGGAUCAGCCACAUUUUAUGAUCAAAGAUGAAUUUUGA